AUGUCCUGCUCAAGCCUGUGCGUCCCCUCCUGUGGGGUGGCCGCCCCACGCCCCCUGGCUGACACCACCAACGAGCCCUGUGUGCGUCAGUGCCAGAGCUCCUCGGUGGUGAUCCAGCCCCCAGCCACGGUGGUCACCUUCCCCGGACCCAUCCUCAGCUCCUUCCCGCAGCACAGCGCUGUGGGCUCAGCGGGAGUCCCUGCCAUUGCUGGGGGCUCCGGUGGCAGUUAUGGAGGCCGUGGUGGUUAUGGUGGCUCUGGUGGCUACGGAGGCCUUGGUGGCUAUGGGGGCUAUGGAGGCUACGGUAGCUGUGGAGGAUAUGGCGGCUGGGGCCGAGGCCUCAUGUCCUUUGGUGCCAGCUGUGGGAUCUGCUAAGCCCCACCUGCCUCCUGCUACAGAU